AUGGCAAUCACAACGAACGAAUCCACUUUCCUUGGUUUCGGCUUUGAGAUGACUUUGUACGGCAUUUACCUUGUCGUCUUUUCCAUGGCCAUCAUGUUGUUGACCUGGAAGAGAAGAACCGAGUCCAUUUCCGUCUUUUAUGUCUUCUUCUGCUGCCUGCUGUUUUCUUGCUGCUCGAUACACGCCCUCAUUCGCUUCCGCUACAUGUAUAAGGAUCUUGUCCAAGAGAGAAAUCCCGAGGGGACCAUUCAAGCUGGAACUCCUGCUCUGAGGACAGCCGAUGCUUUGGUCACACUCACCGACUUUUUUGCAGAGCUGGUCCUGUGCUACCGGCUAUGGUCUAUCUGGGAUCAGAACUACUUCGUUGUAGCUCUACCCUUCUUGAUGUCGCUGGCCUUUGUCUCGUGCGCGAUGACUACCAUCGGCCUUCUUAUCUCCCAUCCGGCGGCCGCUAUAGUUCCCAAGUCCGAGGUACACUUCGGAACGAGUGCAUUUGCUAUCCCGUUGGCGUUCAACUUCCUCGUCACCUCCCUGAUUGUUGGUCGCAUAUGGUGGAAGGGCCGGCAGCACCGCGGUAAUCUGCGACAAUCGGGCGGCAUCAUUCUGUCAAACGGCUACCUAAAGGACGCAAUGAUGGUAGUCGUUGAAUCGGGGAUGCUGUACCUUGUCGUGCAGCUCGUUUUGACGGUACUGUUUGCGCUGAACCAUCCUGCGCAAAUCCUCCUUUCAGACAUCGCCACGCAAGUAUAUGGCAUUGCGCCGACGCUCAUUUUUGUUCGUGUCGGCUUGGGCGACACGACACGCACCAUGCUGUCUUCAAACUAUGACAACCAGCGACGACGGUUCCUCCGUAGUGGUGGAUCCGGGGGAUCGGAGUCAACCAAACGAACCAACAGAACUACCGGGACCGAGAAGACGCUUCCUAUGAUCAUACCCAUCCACAAGUCGGUUCAUAGGUACCAAGACAACCUCGAACAGAGCAAGAGCUCAGAGAUUUGGCAGCAGACUGUGGAGCUCGAGCCUGUGUCCCCUGCGCUCUCUGUGUGA